AAAACCCAAAACCGCUGAAACCUAACCUCGUCGACCGGGUCCGUGGUGCGAAAGGAACCACAACAGGUGUAGUACAGGACUCUCGCACCCCCCCGGGCCGGAGGCAGGGUUUGGACAGAGACGGGUCUGGCAUUGGCGAGAAAGUUUGGGAUCCCAGCAGGAGAAGCAAGCAUUUUAUGAUUGCCGCUGCUUCGAAACUUGAGUUGGUUUCAGGUGGAAAUUCGGCUGCCUUGGCUACCAUGGCUGCCAGUGUUUCGAGCUUACAGAUUUCCGCGGGUAGUGUGCGUGCACCUGCGGCGACGGAGUAUGAAGGAUUGAGGAAAUGUGCUUCUGCCGUCAGAGUGCCCUCGACGGGUUUUCCUUGCGUGCAUUUGUGUCAGCAACAACAAUUCAGGCGAUCAGCGAGAACAGGAGUUAGAGCCGUUCUUGCAGAUAAUGAGGUUAAGGUGUCUGCCGGAGCGAAGUCUGAGGGAGGACUUCGUGGGAAAUUGGGGAAGGUUGUGCUUGCUUACAGCGGUGGAUUGGACACUUCUGUCAUCGUUCCGUGGUUGAGAGAAAACUAUGGAUGCGAAGUUUACUGCUUCACAGCGGAUGUCGGGCAAGGUGAUAUGGAGACCGAUGGACUUCUUGAUAAGGCCAGAGCAAGUGGUGCGACCGACCUGAAAAUUGCAGACUUGAAAGAGGAGUUUGUGAAAGACUUCAUCUACCCAUGCUUACGAGCUGGAGCAGUCUACGAAAGGAAGUAUCUUUUAGGAACUUCAAUGGCACGCCCCAUUAUUGCUAAGGCCAUGGUUGAUUAUGCCAAAGAAGUGGGAGCGGAUGCUGUAUCCCACGGUUGCACUGGCAAGGGAAACGACCAGGUUAGGUUCGAGCUGACAUUCUUCGCUCUGGAUCCGACUUUGAACAUCGUUGCUCCAUGGCGAGAGUGGGAUAUCAAGGGCCGUGAGGAUGCCAUCGACUACGCGAAGAAGCACAAUGUCCCCGUGCCUGUAACAAAGAAAUCGAUUUACAGCCGAGAUCGGAAUCUAUGGCAUCUCAGUCAUGAGGGUGAUAUUUUAGAGGACCCUAUUAAUGAGCCAAAGGAGGACAUGUUUGUGAUGACUACGGACCCCACGAAGGCACCCGAUACGCCUGAAUACAUCGACAUUGAAAUUGAGAAGGGAUACCCAGUAGGUUUCAAGAUGGUUCAGAGUGGAGACCCAAUGUCUCUUGAUACUGAAAAGAUAUCACCCGCUACUCUUCUAGCGGAACUCAACAAGCUCGGAGGCAAACACGGGAUUGGUAGAGUAGACAUGGUUGAAAACCGACUGGUAGGCAUGAAGAGCCGAGGGGUAUACGAAACUCCUGGGGGCACCAUCCUGACUCUUGCUUGCCGAGAACUGGAGUCUCUCACUCUCGACCGUGAGACAAUGCAAGUGAAGGAUUCUUUGGCCCUGAAGUAUGCAGAGUUGGUCUACGCCGGAAGGUGGUUCGAUCCCUUGCGGGAGUCCAUGGACGCAUUCAUGGAGAAGGUAUCUGAAACCACCACGGGAACCGUGAGGUUGAAGCUCUUCAAGGGCUCUGUGACCGUGGCAAGCAGACUCAGUCCUUUCAGUCUUUAUAGGGAAGACAUCUCCUCAUUCGAAGAGGGUAGCAAGAUCUAUAACCAAGCCGACGCCGCUGGUUUUAUUCGUCUCUACGGACUUCCCAUGAGAGUUCGAGCUCUACAGCAGAGGAAGGCACAGCAGUAGAAAGUGAUUCUCGAACUCCUUCGCUUCCAGUUGCCUUUUAGGUCUUUCUAUGACAUUAGAGUAGUACGAACUCCAUUAUGAGUUAGGACCUGUGGUGUUUGACACCUGCUGCACGAUAGCGUUUUGCACCACUUUAUGCAUAUUCAUAUCUGGGAGGCCGUUCCAGUUUUUUCCAAUGCAUCAGUCAAAGCUUUGGGCAAGCUUCUAGAUCUCAAAGAAGGCGAUGUGUUUUCUGUACCAUUGUAGCUGAGGAGAUUCUGUUAGCUACACGCGGGAUUGUAGUGAGAUAGAGGUAUCGAGCAAAAAGGCAUCCAAGUUACGGUGUCAUUUCAAAGUUCAGUGUACCAUCUUCAUUUUUUUGAUCCAAUAUACUUGCUUCAAUUUAGAUCGCCAUUAUUCAACUUGAAAUGUAACACUC